AUGUCUUCUCUUACAAACUCUGGUCCCUUCUGCCGUAGAACGGCGGCGGCGGCUCAAUCCGAGCAACCAAAGCCCGAGACAGGAGCUGGACUGGGCGCUGAGACAGAACGAUGGCUCGUCGACGUUGCUGCAUACCCUGACGGUAACGAAGACAAACGCGGAAUCGGCCUGUUCAGUGCCUUCUUCCUCACGUUCAACCGUAUUGUCGAAACCGGUAUUUUCGCGACUUCCAGCACUAUCUUCUCCCUUUCUGGCCAGCGACUGCACCACCUCAUACGUAUCAUCAAGCUCGUCAUUGUCCUCUUGGUUGUCGUCUCCGGGUGGGCGGCUCUCGGCGGCGCCCUGAAAGUUCCGAACCCUCAUGACUUCGACAAUGCAUUUGCUGGAACAACCGGCAGCGCGUCAAUCACGGAAUUCGCUUCUCGCAAGCGGCGUCACACGUACAAGAACAAGAGCCCAGCGCAGAUGAAUGCUGAACGAAUUGAACACGGGUCCCGCGUCGUCAUGGCCCGGUACAAUGUCAUCCGGAGUCACAUCGGAUACAGCAACGCCAAACUACGGACUCAACGAGACCAAGAACCCUACCCGCACGCUGAAAGAUCGCAGCCCCAGCGGCUAUUAUCCUCGUUUCCAUCGUCUACAUGCUUCGUCAACAUCGCGCACUUUGCCGCCGUGCCCAAAGAGCAAAUCAUAUCCGCGGGCCGCAUCCUCGCGGCCUCGUCCUUCCACAACGUCUUCGCCACAGCAUCGAGAGGGCGCUGUCCGUGUUCGUCGCGCUCUCCAGCUUAG